AUGCCGUCUUCCCAGCGGGACGCUCCCACCGGCAUCGGCAAGCGCGAACAAAGCGGUCCCCGCUGGAUCUGGUUCAUCACGGGGCCGACGGCCUGCGGCAAGACGACCGUCGCCAAGUCGCUGGCCGAAUCGCUCGGCUUCAUGUUCGUCGAGGGCGACGAUUACCACCCCCAAGCCAACCUCGACAAAAUGUCCCGCAACGAACCCCUCACCGACGCCGACCGCGCCGCCUGGUUACAGGCCCUGCGCGAGCACCAAGAGGCCCAGCCAUCACCACCGCCCCACUUCGAAUCCGCCCGGGCGUUCUCCAGGGCUGCGCCCUCGCCGCACCUCGUCGUCACCUGCUCCGCGCUGAAGCGCCAGUACCGCGACGUGCUGCGGACGGGCGGGCAACACACGCGAGAUCUGCGCGUGCGGUUUGUUUUCCUGGAUGUGCCGGAGGAUGUGCUGAGGGAGAGGGCGCGGCAGCGGCGGGGGCAUUUUGCGGGCGAGGGGCUGGUGGGGAGUCAGAUGGAGGCGCUGGAGCGGCCGGGAGAGGGGGAGGGGGAUGUGCUCGUUGUCAAGGUUGGGAGGGAGGCGGAGGUGGAGGAGACGGAGGCGGAGGUGUUGAGGCGGGUGAGGGCGGAGAUGGGGGUGUGA